CACACCCACAACUACUCUACGGUCAAAGCAACUAAAACAAACAAAGCCAUAUACAGCAGUUCCAAAGAAGCAGAGAAGCAGAAAUUUAAGAGAAAAAGGAAAAAGAAAUCGAAGAAAAGGAAAGUAGAAGAGUGAAAUUUUGAAGGAAAUGAUCAAAGGCGUACACAGAAAUCAGCAGCAAUUGGAAUUACCAGCGGGAUUUAGAUUCCAUCCAACGGAUGAGGAAUUAGUUCAACAUUAUCUCUGCCGUAAAUGCGCUGGGCAGCCUAUUUCUGUUUCAAUUAUAGCUGAAAUUGAUCUUUACAAGUUUGAUCCUUGGCAAUUACCUGAGAAGGCUUUGCACGGCGAAAAGGAAUGGUAUUUUUUCUCACCAAGAGAUAGAAAAUAUCCGAACGGCUCACGGCCGAACAGAGCGGCCGGAACCGGUUACUGGAAGGCAACCGGAGCUGAUAAGCCAGUGGGAAAGCCCAAGACUUUAGGGAUAAAGAAGGCGUUAGUGUUUUAUGCUGGAAAAGCACCUAGAGGAAUCAAAACCAAUUGGAUAAUGCACGAAUAUCGACUCGCUAAUGUGGACCGGUCUGCGGGCAAGAGCAAUAGCUUGAGACUUGAUGAUUGGGUAUUGUGUCGAAUAUACAACAAGAAGGGCACACUUGAGAUGCAUUACAAUGUGGAUAACAAGGAGCAUUUGGGCUUCGAGGAAGUUGAGGAAGAAGAGGAAAAACCAAAAAUUUUACCAUUUUCACAAAGUAAUGAGUUGAUAGCACCAUUAGCACCAGCGCCGAUGCCACCGCGGCCACAAUCGAUGCCUACAAGAGACUACUUUCACUUCGAAACGUCUGAGUCAAUGACUAGAAUGCAUACAACAAACUCGAGCUCUGGCUCAGAGCCGUCAUGUGAUAAGGAGGUCCAAAGUGCUCCCAAAUGGGACGACCUCGACAAUGCCCUUGAUUUCCAGCUAAAUUAUUUGGAUAGCUUCCAAUAUGACCCUUUCGAGCAAAAUUGCAACAUUGAUCAGUUCAAUUCUUUUCAAGACAUGUUCGUAUACAUGCAGAAACCUUAUUAGUUAUUAAUCUGGAGCGAAUCAAAAUUAGUCAAGCCACUGAAUUCUGAAUUCCAAAUACCCCUACUAAUUGUAUAAUCAUUGGAUUUAACUGAUUGUGAUCCAAGGCUUUA